UACCAUCUUUUUACAGUCACUAUUGGAAGUCUUUAUCAGUCUCUCUAGUCUCUGUUUCUCAAAACAAGUCUCUCUAGUCUCUACUCAUCACAACUAAAUCCCUGCAUGCUGGUUGGGAACAUAGCACUUUUUCACUAAUACUCCGCCGUAGAUAUUCAGAGCUUGAGUUCAAGAAAACCCAUUCAAGAUUUGAAGCAUCAUCACUCGCUCAUCGUUAGCUAUGUCUCCACCUGUAGACCCCUCUCCACAAACCAAUUCUAAUGAAGUCUUGACCAUUGAGAACGUCAUUGCCACCUUAUCCACCUUGCUUGCUCGUCUCCCUAAAUACAAGGACUCUGUUCCUCAAUGCAGCAGCAGUAACAACAACAACAACAACGAUAGUGGCAGUAGUGAUCUCACCAACGGCAACACCACCAUCACCACCACCACCACUGACAACAAUAGUGGCAGUAGUGAUCUCAACAACAACACCAACACCACCACUACUGACAACAAUAGUGGCAGUAGUUAUCUCAACAACAUCAACAACAGUCAUUUACUUGAUGAGUAUCGCAUUACACGCAGUCAAUUUGAUAAGUUACAGAAAGAUCUUUAUCAAAUUAAAGAUGCUUUCAGCAAACUCAAGAAUUUUGAACAUGAUGCUGAUGGACCAGGUGGACCAAGUGGACCAAUCAAGAAGCUUAAAUGCUGCCUUGAUGACAUCUCCAGGGUAGUUGUAGAAGCUCCUAAUGAUUCCUUCCCCAACAAGCAAGUUCAAGACAAGCUUAGUGCAAUCUUGAAAGAUGCUUUGAAGUUGAAGGUGAAGUUAAACUUUCCAUUGUGGCGACCUAAAAAGUUUUCUACAAAUUCUGAUGGCCAUCGAUAUUCUUUGCCGGCUAAUGGGUCUGAUGGUGAAGUUGAUGAAUUACAUGGCCUUCAUGUGAGUCAUAAGUUUCUUAGUACCUCAGUUUUCACUGAAUUUCAGGAAGUUUUUAAGGACCUUGAUACUAGGUUAAAGCUUUGCUUGUUGUCAUUUGCUGUACUUCCAGCAAAUACGGUAGUAAAGAGGAGGCUUUUGAUAAAUUGGUGGGUCGGAGAGUGUUUAGUGGAUCCUCCAGUCACCGGAGAAAAGACAGCUGAAAAUAUUUCUGAUGAGAUUCUUACAGAACUUGAGGUGAAGGGCUUUAUUGAGCCAGUUAAAGAAAGGCACAAACUGAUUGCAGACAGGUUUAAGAUGCAGCAUCUGGUGCACUGUGUGGUUAUUAUGCUCGCCCAGGAGGCUCAACUCCUUCAUUAUGAUUCUAAUGGGAAUCCAACCAUAAAAUCUUUGCGGUGCAACAGGGCAUGUUUAGUGAAGGCUGAAAAUGGAACUUUAAAGCAAGAAUUAGCUCCUAAAUUAGAUCUAGAAAAACUACAUACUAUAUUCAAUGUUAAUGAGUCUUUUCCUGAUCUCAGAUUUGAGUGGUCUGCAAAGAUGAAAAAUGACAACAUUGUGGAUUGGUUUUCAAAGAUGAAAAAUAUCAAUGUUCUUUAUUUGGGAAGGUGGAAAAGCUCAGAUCAGCAUAGCAUUGAAGAGCAAAGCUCAGAUCAGCAUCACAUUGUAAGGGAAGGCUCACUAGAGAAUCACAUUGAAGUAGAAAGCACUGAGUUCUUACAAGGGUUGAAGAAUAUGAAAUAUUUAAGGCUUUUAAGCCUACAAGGAAUUUCUAGAAUGAAUGAGCUUCCCAAUUCCAUAGGCAAGCUAACAAAUUUGAAAAUUUUAGAUCUCAAAGCCUGUCACAAUCUAGAGGCACUUCCAGAUGGGAUAGCCUUACUCAAGAAGCUGUCACACUUGGAUAUUUCAGAAUGUUACUUGCUAGAUGGCAUGCCCAAGGCGCUAGCCUCUCUCUCAGAACUCCAAGUCCUCAAGGGGUUUGUAAUUGGUAAUGUGGAAAGUGACAGAGAUGAUGAUCAUCAGGGCCUGCCACAGCGAUUUCUUGGGGGAAUGUGUUUCCCUCAAAAGAGAGACUCGUGUACUCUUGGGGAUUUGAUAGGAUUAAAGAAGCUAAGAAAGUUGAGCGUCAAUACAAGCUGUAUGGAUUUCCCUACAAUCAAAGAGCUAGAGGAUCUAAAUAAGUUGGAGGAGCUACGAAAGCUAGCAAUAGCAUGGCGCGACAGUGGAGUAGCCACCAGAGCACCAAGAAAACUCAACCGCACGCUAGCAAUGAGGAGAAACACUAAUCCACUGGAGCUUCCUACAAAACUAGAGAAACUCGAACUUCUGUGUUUUCCUCACACAGGAACACCUGAGUGGUUGAUACCCGGAAAACCGCAGAGCCUAAAGAAACUGUACAUUAGAGGAGGAAAACUAAAUAAUUUAAGGCAAAUGAAUUUAAGGCAAAUGCCAGAGGGAAGUGACAUGUGGACAGUUGAGAUUUUACGUUUGAAGUACCUGAAUGCAUUUGAUAUGGACUGGGAUGAACUGCAGACAUCAUUUCCAAAGUUGAUUUUCUUGGAGAAUGUCAAAUGCCCUAAUCUCACUUGGCCACGUGAUGAGUUUGGAGUGUGGCUGAAGCAUUGAGCAAUGUCACCAAUACAUUAUCAAUUCACCUGGUUGUUUCUUUAAAAGAUUGACAAUAUCAAAAUGUUGUGUAUUUCUGGUUAAUUCUCAUUCAAUUUGUUCCUACACAAUCAUGUCUGUAUUUUCAUGAAGUUUUCUGAACCA